AUGCGCAACGAAGCAAAAUGGAAUGCUAAGGACAAGAAGACUACGGUCGUGAGGGAGGGUGGAGGUCAGGUAUGGGAGGAUCAGACACUGCUAGAAUGGGAUCCAAGUCACUUCAGAUUGUUCUGUGGAGACUUGGGUGGUGAGACGACAGACGACACAUUGACUAAGGCAUUUUCGAAAUAUCCAAGUUUCGUCAAAGCGAGGGUCAUCCGCGAUAAACGCACUCAGAAAUCGAAGGGGUUCGGGUUCGUAUCCUUCAAGGAUCCAGAUGAGUUUGUGAAGGCUGCGAGAGAGAUGAAUGGCAAGUAUAUUGGCUCCCGCCCUGUUAAGAUCAGGAAGGCUACCACAGAAAUCAAGCCAACCACCAUCCAGCAACGAAAGCUCGACUACAAGAAGAGAGCAGCGCCAUACGAGAAAGCGAAGAAGGUUACACAGGAACCGAAGAUCAAGAAACUCGGGUAG